UCUCUCUUCUGUGUUACUGACUCCUAAAAGUUCUCCUUCUCUUCACACUUUCUUUCUUUGUUACUAAAUCUGAUCGGAGCAACAUUUUCUUAGUUUUUCCCCUUUCAGUACAAAUCAAAAGUAGUGCUACAUACACUUCUCCACUAGGUUCAAGCAUAUCAAUCAACCAGUUGAAAUCAAAACCCACCAAUCAAAACCUCUCAAAUCUUGCAUGUUCGCUAACUUCCCUUUGGCUGGUAGGUUCCUUUUUCUGUUCCCGUUAUCCAGAUCUGAAACUGGCUGAAAAAUGACGAGGGCGAAGAUAAAGAUAAAGAAAAUCGACAACAUAACCGCUAGGCAAGUAACAUUUUCUAAGAGAAGGCGAGGGUUGUUCAAGAAAGCUGAAGAGCUUUCUGUUCUGUGUGAUGCUGAUGUUGGUCUCAUAGUUUUCUCAUCUACCGGGAAGCUCUUUGAUUAUAGCAGUUCCAGUAUGAAUGACAUAAUUAUCAAGUAUAAUACGCAUUCCCCUGGCAUGGACAAAUUGGACAGGCCAUCACUAGAAAUGCAGCUAGAGACUGCCACUAAAUUGAGUAAGGAAAUUGCAGAGAGAACCCAAGAACUAAGUUGGAUGAAAGGCGAUGAUCUUCAAGGACUAAGCCUAAAUGAGUUGCAGCAACUGGAGAAAAAGCUUGAAAGUGGACUCGACCGUGUGAUUGAGAUAAAGGAAAAGCAGAUGAUGGGUCAGAUUUCUGAACUUCAGAAAAAGGGAAUCGUGUUGGAAGAAGAGAACAAGCAUUUAAAGAAAAAGCUAGCGGAGACGGAGAUGGAGGCUGUGCUGCGUAAAGCAACAAUGCAUUUUUUGAUGGAGUCAAACAUGGGAAUGCAAGAAGAAGGUGUUUCAUUAGAGUCUACAAACAACGUUAGCAGUUGCAUUAGUGACCCUCCUCUUGAAGAUGGUUCCUCGGACACAUCUCUCAAGUUAGGGUUACCCUUCUCUAACUGAAGAUAUGUAACAUGGUGAAUGAGCCAUGUUCGGCUUCAAGUUUGUAAGAAUUUCUCUUGAAAUUUGUUUUUCUUGAAUAUUUCGCAAGUGAGAAAUGUAUGGUUAGCUAUCAAAAAUCA